AAUAAAAAAAACACCUUUUUGUUUCUUUGAUUUAUUUGUAUUUUAUUAAACCUACAAAUGGGUCAGAUCAUUUUGCCGGACCCUGUAUAUGUACAUAUAUUUCGCUUCCUUUUGAAAUUAAACCACAUUUAGCUUUACAUUUAGGAGAUUUUUUCCAGUGUACUAUUUUAUGGUUGUCAAGCUUUCUGUUGUUUUCAUCAAGUGGCAGACAGCUGGAGGUCUUCAAAGGAGAAAAAGCAGUAAUAUGGGACAGGUUUUCAUUCUUCUUCUUCUCUUUGGUGGAACAGCUGAUGCUUUUCUUCCUCCAGGUGAAUCUAAAUGUAACGGCACCUUAGAAAGCUCUCAUUGCUCCGUCACUCUUGGAGGGUCGGUGUACAUCCAAUUGAUGCUCAACGUGAGCGGCCAUCAGCUGCGAUGUAAGAAACUGCUUACCAGCGGAUCCAUUCCUGUGUUUACCUUUAAAAAGGAAAAGCCGUUGAUACAGGAAGCUUUCAGACACAGAACAGAGUUUUUCACAGACAAUGGAACUUUAAAGAUUUCCAACAUUGAGAGGAAUGACUCGGGCCAAUACAUUGUGGAAGUUUUUGACCAGAAUGGGGGCUUUGUCAAAACCAUCACGUUGGAACUGGAUGUUCAGGAAAAUCUUUUAUCCAUCCUGAUUCCAGUUUGUUCUGCACUGGGUGCUGUGCUUGUAAUUGUAGUUUUGUCUUGUUGCUUGUACAAGAAAACAAGGAGAAACAGGAAGUCAGGACACGGUAAAUCCAAGAAAAAAAAGGUUGCAGUGGAAUUCUGGAAAAUGAGUGAUCAUGUGGAAGACAAUUUUCGUAUGGAUACGCCCUGUGAUGGCAGAAGAAAAGGAGCUCUGUGUUACGGACCACUGGGUGGUGAAAUAGUCUUCAGUUUGGUGGACAAAGACACAUCUCGUUUUAACUGGAAGAAAAACACAGUCACCUUAGUUACAGUCAGACAGAACCAGAGUAGAUAUAUAUUUCCUAAAAGAUUUAGCUUCACCCCAAACAAUGGGAGGCUGAAGAUAGAAAACCUGACGAGAAAUGAUAGUGGAAACUAUAUUCUUGAAAUCUUUGACAAAUCGGGAGCUGAACUUGGGUUUCGGACACUGCAAUUGUUCAUUGAAGAUCCUGUAAUCUCUGUCCAUCUGGUCUCAAAGUGUCAGUUCCAAGGAAAGCAACCGGUGACUUGCUUGCCCAAGGGAGGGGAUAAUCUUCAAUACAGCUGGAGCCUAAACAAAAAACCACUGCAAGACUCUGAUCUUCUCUCAGGAGAUGUUCAAGCAAACAACAUCACCCUGAAACCAUCCAUAUCAGGACAGUUAGUGUGCUCGGUCAAAAACAACAUCAGUGAAAUCCGAAAAGAAGUCUUUGUGUCUUGUGUGUUCAUUAACUGCAAUUCCAAUGGGACUCUCAUAUCUGAGUGGUUGCCUGAAAUCAAUAAAACUCUCUGUGACACCUUCAUCGAUGGAUCCAAUAGCAACCAACGCAACGAUUAUUUGCUCAUAACGGGGGGCGUUCUCUCAGCUCUGUUCAUCCUCCUAAUGAUCGGCUUGGCGGUUGUCUACAAGCAGAAGAAAAAGCAAAGCAGUAUUGAAGAUGAAGAGGAACUGACGUACGCUAAUGUCAGGAUCAAUCAUCAGCCAAGGAGGGCAAACACAGAGAUUGAAGACGGGAUGGUGGAGUAUGGCCAAGUGAGGUUCUCAGAGCGACCUCGUCGAACUGUAGUGGUGAAUAAUGAUCCAAGUACUUAUGCCCAAGUCCGAAGGGACAGGUGAUUUUUCUUUUCGUGUUGUUGUUUUACAAUAACUCAAGAGUACAUGGCUGAGGUGGUUGUUACAACACCAAAAGGCCUAUAAAAUGUUUAAUGAGAGUUACUGAACUUUUCAUUCUUUAUGCAAGAAUUUUUAUGAAGUUUGUAAUGGGGGUUGUAAGAUAUGACAUUCUUGUUCAAAGUGAAUAUUAGUUUCUACAGUGGAUAUACGUAUUCUAGCUGGGAUUUGUUCCAGGAUGUGUCUUAUCCAGAAAGGGUUUCUUUCCCGUCAGCAAACUCCCUGAUCUCCCAGACAUGUUUUGUUAGCGCUAAACUGAUCUAACCAACAGCACUUCCUUAUUAUAAGUCUCGGCACAAUGAUUACAUUUCUACGAAAAAGCAACUUGCAGUGAACAUUGUGGAAAAUAAUGAGGGAAAUUUUCAAGUAUGUGGCCAAGUCCUAUCUGCUUUUGGUCAUGGGUGUGGUCAAACCUUUGCUCUCCAUGGCAUGAUAGGCAUGACUUCUUUAACCGUGUUUCACCCUUGGCAACAUGACCCAUUUUCUAAGUAGAGAUAAAGUCUUAUACAACGUGUAUAACGACAAUUACCAAAGAAUACAAAUCUUUUUUUUAUUAAAUAAAUCUGACAGAAACACCCUU